AUGAAGAAACACUCAGCUGCUCCGACUGGAUUCAAUCAAGAAGUCAUCGAACUACCUCCCGAUCCGGAAGAAGAUGUCGAGGUUUCUCAGCAGCAAUCAUCUCCCCAGGCGUCCAGUAGAUCAAACAAUCCCUCGGAAGAUGGGUUAUUAGCAAGUUUGAUAUUUGUUAUAGCGCUGCCUACCCCUACCGAAGACUACUCUCUCCCUGACAAUCCAGCAACGCCGCUUCUACUCUAUACAUUACCCCGAUCAGUCUAUGAGAAACCGCUCAAAAAUGCUGAAACGGGGAAAAGGCCGAAGGAGAAAACAAUCAAGAAGAUUCAACGAAGUUGGCAAAAAUCGAUUCGGCAAGCUGAAGACAUUAGGCGUGGAGAUUAUCCACGUCCCAGCUGGAUGAAAAAAAUCAUUGGUGGGACCUUUUGGUUUGUAGCGGCUUCUCUGAGGUUCAUUACAAUCAGCGAUGCCCAAAUGUUAGCUCGAUUACCACCUAUCCGAAAAAUAGGUCCAAUACAGAUAAUUUAUUCGCAGAAUACAAAAGUAACAACUCUAUCAGAAACCCAAGCCAAAGAAAGUCUUAUGUGCGCUUUAUCACAGGCCCAGAAGCAAGCAAAGAUCCGCGCUAUCAUUUCGGGCUGUUUUUUACCAGCGGCGUUGGUAGCGGAGAUAUACGUGCCACUCAUUUUUGAAAUUACCUUGGUUUACUUUGUAGUUCAAUGGCGAGGUUGGAAAAAGGCCAAAUUUCUAGUUGAACACAAUAACAAUCAAAAUCCUAAAUCCACGCCAGCCCAGGAGAGUGAAUUAGAAACAGGAAACGCUACAGUGAGGAGAUCAUCAUACGAUAAACUUCAGCUGAAAGUCGCCGAUAUCGCAAAGUUCCAGAAGAUCAACGAGUUAGUCUACCGCAGUUGCUCUGAAAAGGAUCCCCUGAAGUUCCCGCGCCCUAAAGAAAACACAUCAAGCGUCGAGACCCCCAGUGUCACGAACCCAGAAAUCGACAUCGACUGUGCCACAGUAUACCAAUGUACGAACGACACAAAGCCUAAAAAUCAGUCAACGGACAUCAAGUCUAUUCCUGGCCCGGACGUCAAAGCUGACAUUGGGUCAUUACGAACUCCUCUGAACACGGGCAUCUUGCGUGCGACCAAACAAGACUUUGAUGGGAUGGUGAUUACGAUACCUGCUUCAGAUGAAGAUAAUGAAACUGACUGCAGAGAGGGCGGAGAAACAAAAAAAUGCGCUACGCCGUCUCUGCAGGUCGUGGAUAUUCGCGUAGAAGAAGAGUUCAUCAUAACUGGCUUCGACAAAGAGCUCGCCAAAACCGAACCACCUUGCAAUGUAGCGAUUUCAGCACCUUCCACAGCCGAUGAAGUGUUGAUUCCAGUGCCACCUUGCGUAGUUGAUCCAAUUUGUAAAAAGCCCUGCGGAAUCGAACAAGUCGUGACUUGCAUGGAUGGAGAUGAAGAAACCGGGUCAGUUUUGACGCGCGAAAUCACUCAGUCGCCAGCUCCUCCAGUCAAUCAAAGCGAUCAACCUAAAGCUGUGCCCAAUAUGGAAAUCGCAUCCGCUCUGAUCAGCCUUUUUAAAGAAUCAUUGCCCUCUACGGAUGAUGAAAAUCAAAUGCAGUGA